GCCUGACUCGCUCUGACGUCGCGUUUUCUACCACUGCCAUAGUAUACACGGAUCUUUAAUAUUUAUAUACACACACUUACUCAACUAUGCAAUGACAUUGGAGUUGACUAGUAUAAAGGGGGACUAUGUCUAUAAGUAAGCGACAUACGGCAAGGCGCUUUAAGUAGUGUUUCUUUCUUAUUACAGUGCUAUGAAGACAGGAGGACAUAUGUUGGCCAAAUUAAAAUAAACUUUAGGGAGAUUUCGGAACAAUACCUCAGUGGAUGUAAUCAAUCAGAUAUUUUAAUUUAAUUUAUUUAAAUCAACGUACUAUGGCAGAACCCGCAAUACGACAAGUGGCUAAGGGUGUGGGCCGGGCAGUGACCAAAUCGGGUGUGAGGCGACACUUGGUAAGUGCUCCCGAGGGCCGGUCUGUUUCUGAGGAUGUUGCAAGAACGGCCAAGCCAGGGGUAUUGGACACUCAUCGUCAUCAUAAUAAAGUGCAACCCCCUGUAAUGGACAGUCACCGCCAUCAGGCUACCCUGGCUGCGGCACCAGCACAGUUUGUAGGUGCCGAUACAACGACAGUGAAAACCAUUCAGGAUUUACCAGGUCCAAAGGGGCUACCAGUGCUGGGAACGGCCUAUGAAUACUUCAGGAAGGGCAACCGCGGGCAGAUGCACAAGGUUCAGACAAAUUUCCACAAAAAGUACGGAAAGUUUUUCAAGGAACAGUUGGGACCAGUAACGAAUGUGUCGAUCGCGGACCCGCGUCUGAUAGAGGAGAUCAGUCGAAAGGAGACGAAACUACCUUUUCGCCCGCCAUACGAGUCAUGGGUCCUUUACAAGAAAAUGCGCGGCCAGAACGCUGGGAUUAUGUCCGGUGUUGGAGAAGAAUGGAAAACUGCUAGAAGCGUUUUAUCACAACGAAUGCUGAAACCAAAGGUUGUGUCCGAGUACAGUGGGGUAAUGAAUGAAGUGUCUGACGCCUUCAUGGACAGAUUACGACUUCUCCGAGAUACAAGUAACCAACAAGGCUUCAUACCAGGAUUGGUGAACGAACUCAACAAGUGGUCAACAGAAACAAUUACAGCGGUGCUUCUAGAAAAACGACUUGGUUUUUACGAUGAACGUGUGCCGCCAGAGGCACAGGAAUUCAUAGACUCUGUGAUAAGCAUGUUUUUAACAGGCCAUCAGUUGAUGGUGUUCGCCAAUGUGCACAAAGCGCUCGGGACGAAAGUGUGGCGAGAGCACGUCAAGGCUAUGGAUUCCAUAUAUAGAAUAGCUGAGAAACUCAUCGAUGAAAAAUUGAAUCAGUCCAAACGAUUAGCAGAUUUAGAUGAUAAGGAGUUUGAAUCAGCCACGUCAAAAGGAUCUGCGUUUUUAGACUACCUCUUUGCAAGCAAAAAACUAUCCUCACAAGACAUCAAAGUAAAUACAACAGAACUCCUCCUCGGCGCUGUCGAUACGGCAGCAAAUGGGUUGGGCUUUGCGAUGUGCCUUCUAGCUCAGAAUCCGCGAGUACAGGAGAGGUUUCAUCGAGAAGUGCAAGAGCAGUAUGGAAAAGGGAAACAUGUGAAUUAUAACGAUUUACAAGAGGCCAGUUACGUCAAAGCAAUUGUGAAAGAAACGUUAAGAAUCUACCCAGUCAUUCCCAUUAAUGCCCGGGUACUGUCGCAGGAUACCGUCGUCGGUAACCACAGUAUUCCAAAAGGAACGUGUAUCCUAUUCAACAAUUACACUAUGUUCCACGACGAAUCUUACUUUCCGGACCACGAUGAGUUCCGGCCUGAACGAUGGAUCCGCAAAGGUCAACAUAAGGAAUGGGACCCGUUCACCACACUUGUGUUCGGGUUUGGAGCGAGGAGUUGUAUCGGUAGGAGGGUGGCUGAACAAGAGCUGUACAUCGCGCUAAUGAAAAUUACACAGAAUUUCUGGCUCGAGCCAACAGGGGAUCCCGUAGAACCAACCCUAAGGACGAUACUUACGCAAAAGGAAAUCCCAGUACAAUUUAUCGACCGGUAGAUGAGUGAUAAGGGACAAUGAUUGGCACGAGAAUGUUACGUCAGCUGCCUUCAUUGGUAACACCCUUCAGAAGACGAGGUCUCCAGACACUGGAUAGCUCGCCAGUCAAUACAGCGCUGUUAACACACUGUAAACGAUUUAAAAUCUGGUGAAUUGUCAAGACGUUAGAGAUGCUGUAUAUUACCUGGGAACAUCGAUGUGGAAAUGACAAUUUAAUGGACAGUUACAGACACCUAGUGUUACUAAUGGGAACUCCUUAUGCCUAAAAGCAUUACGCUAUACUUGCAUGUGUUGAUAAGCUCUGGCAGCCAGUAAUCGGUUUCGUCUUUCUGCAAGAACAAUCAACUGAUGUCCAGAUUGGUGAGGUGGUAUCCAAGGUCACCAGUAACAGUUCUAUGACGCUGAUACAGUGAUUGUGUUUCCGUAAUACGGAGUAUUUGAAUGGGUUCUGUCAUUCCCAUCAUCCGAGCAGUGUCGUCCUCUUCGCACACCUUACAAGAUUGAGUACCUGGCGGGGAAGGAGGACAUGGUCACCAAGCACACUGACUGAUGAGGCAAUAGCGAGUUUUGCACUUCACUAUGAUGGCAGCCUGUCUGUGAUGAACUCACCAACGCUAAUUUCACACAAAAUGUUGUGAUGUAUGAGGGUUGUCUGAUAUUGUACAGAACGUGCCAUAUGGCAUAAAUUUUCGUGCGGGUGGACAUGCAUGUACAUUUCGGGUAUGACGGGUGAAUUAGGCCUGGAAGGACCAGAGCUAAUUUCUUUGUAUAUGUAUUCUUUCAUUACGGUAAACCAUUACUCAUCGUAACUACAUUGCUUAAAUGUGCGUUUGAUUAGUUUCAUUUACAUGAGAGUGUUUUGUGUAAUUGAAACAUCUUCAGAUCGAUGGACGAUCUAAGUGAUGUUACAAAUAUUAACUGUAAGUUAUCUGAAGCCUACAUGUAAGAUUUUACUAGUAUGACUGCUUAACAUUAAGUCCCAUUUAUAUAAUAAAAAGCAGGGUCAUUAUAAGUAUUGUGUUCGGAAAGCCUCAUGGCAUAUCACGACUGUCCUUCUGCCGCCAUGUUGUGCCUCUACUGCGGACUGAACACGGGUAUCUUGUAAAAAAUCAUCAAACAUAUCUUCUUUUCAUUUAUCAUGAAUAAUCAGUUGUGAUUUCUCAUACCAUGUUAACUUGUGUUAGCUUUCGUCUAAGUAUGUUUCGUUUAAAACAGCAAUGCAAUGUGUGAGUGUGGUUCAAUGUUUUAUGUAUUGUGAUAGAGGUGUAAAUACGUGUCCUAUAUUUAUUGUUAUACCAGGAAGUCGACGACGAUCUUGGUGUAGUUGGUGAGGUAUUUCGUAUUAUUUAUUUGACAAAAAAAACUUUUCUUUACAAUAAACAUCUUGAGACGUCGACGCAUCCGUCAAUGGUAUAAUGGUCUAGAUGCUUGUUUGUAAAAACGAUGUUUUCAAAUUUGGAAACUAUACGAUGUAUGAGAAGGAAUUUAAUUGCUAUUUAUUAGAUACAUAUAUACAUGAUUAAACUAUAUAAGUAUAAACCAUCAUAUCGUUAAAAAAGUAUAAAUAUUCCUUCUUCAAGUUUCACCUAUAAAUUUCAUGCAAUAAAAAUCAGAUAAUGUCUAUAUUCAGCAGUGGCUGGGAUAUAACCGGACACUUAGGUAUGUGUGAUGUCUACAAGUGAAAUGUGAUGCUUACUUUUGGCGGUUAGUGUUUCAUACAAUUUGAAUGGGGUUUUAUGAGUUAUAAGCCUAUUCAAAUGCACAUUUCAACUGUGAAACAGGCCGUGAUGUUUGGUGGUGUUAUUCUAAGCGGUCUAGUUAUUACGCUUAAACUAGAGACAGAACUCAAGUUAAGCCCAAUACUUUCUUACUGUGUGGGACAGAAUUUCGUUCUUUUUUUAAGUUAACGGUCGUUUUCAUAACGUGCGGUUUCGCUUACAGUUAAAGAUGCAGACCUCUGGAGUUAUUUGUAGCUGUUUAUCUAGACACAAUCCUUUAACAUUGAGAAAUAAAUACUAAAUAAUAAAGGUAGACUAUUAUUUGUUAAACCAAUUAUGUAAUCAAAUGUGAUUUUAAAGACCGUUUUAUACAACAGAUAAGGAUUCUAUAUAUGACAUCAAGGUGUAUGACACUACACACGUACUGUUACCUGGGGGAAGAAUCACACAAACCGACAUGUAGUGGUAACUAUCCUCUAUCUCCUAGCGACGCGAUUGAACAAUUUGUUAUUCCUUACUCAUGUUAAGAAGUAACGUUUUAUUAUUAUUUGUUGUAUCUGAUUGUUUGCAUAAUAGACUAUGUAAAAAGAUCACUAAUGCUAUAUAUACAACGUUUACGUGGAAGCAUCAGUGACUUGCGAAAUUGUUGAAUAAAAUAAACAAAAACAC